AUGUCACAAGCAGCGCAAGAUCACCCUAUUAAGCUCCCAGGCUUCGGCCUCCCCCUCAAUCACAAGCCAGAAUCCCACUUCCCCACAGCCGUGGACGACUGGUUCCAAUCCUGGCCGCACACAAUCCGGGAGCGCUGCAUGGUAACCCUCAUGGAAGAAGUCACACUUGAGAAAGACUGGGACUCCAAGGCGUUCUCGGACUCUGCCAUCUCAGACUGGAAGAAACGCGUCAUGGCGAAAAAGUGGCGGCGAGACGAUGGCAUCCGGCACGGAGAUUUUACCGAGACCAUGUUCGAAUGCUUCAUCGAAGAGCUCCAGGGAAAAGCGAAGCUGUACCAAGAGACGGGCAUCGUGCCGGUUCUUGACAUCGAAGUCCGCCUUGCGAGGUCAGAUAAAGCCAUUACGCCGGAGUUGAACAAGUUACUCCAGAAAGCCGCAGUUUCCAUCCAGGAGACAUCAACUCGUCGGAUGGACUGGAACGCAGGUAAGGAAGACAUGUCCGGCGCCACCGUCUCAACCCCAAGCGCCGACUGCGUCUCCAUCAACCUCAUCGACCCAAACAUGUAUCCCCUCAUAUACGGCCGCUCCAGAGUCCUCCCCGACAAAGAAAUCACCCUCGACGACAGCCUCAACCACAUCGCCAAAGGCGUAACGAUCCCCACACCAAGCCAAGACGAGAGAAUCCACACCGACGGCUUAAUGGGCGAGCAACGCACCCUCUGGUCCGGAAUAUCCCAAUGGCUCCCCACCAACAUCUCAUUCCCAGACGGCGUCAACGCCAAGAUCACGAGCUACAUCAACAACCUCCACCCCAAGGACCACGCAGACGUCUACCCCCUCCUCGAGGAGGUCGUCACCAGGACCAUGCCGCUGUGGAACGUCGUCUACGCCACGGUCUACAAGGACACGAUGCCCUGCGACAUGCGGAUGGACUGGAACAGCGGCGGCCUGGAGUUCCCGGGCACGGCGCCGUAUGACCCGCUGAACAUCAAGGACGACUUGAUGAACGGGCUCAUCGACGACGAUGAGUGGCAGAGGAGGACGAACCAGUGGCUUGCUGAUCAAAGCUUCACGCGCAGACCGGAGCCCUUGCUGAAGAAGGAUAAGGGUUACGGCGCGGACAAGUGCAUAUUGACGCCGGAAUCCAUCGCAGAUAAGACGGUGAUGCUCGGCGAAGUCGGCGGCAUCCAGGUUGUUGUCAAGAUGAGCGCCGUGUAUCUCACCCCGGAGAACCCAGUUUACGACUCACAGAGCGAGUUCGCUUUGGACGGCGCGCUAAACGACCGCAUCGCCGCGACGGCCGUCUACUUCUUCGACGACGACAACGUCACCGACUCGCGGAUCUCUUUCAAAUCGCGAUUCCACGGGUUACAUUUCGAAGAGGAGUGCUGGUAUAACGACGGCGACGAGCGAUACGUGGAGCAGACGUUCGGGUUCAGACCGCCCGCGCCUUCCUUGCAGGACGUGGGGUCCGUCACCAUGCGGGAGGGUCUGAUGGUAGCCUACCCGAAUGUGCUGCAGCACAAGAACCUGUCAUAUCGAUUGAAAGACCCGACGAGACCGGGACACAGGAAGGUGUUGACGCUGUAUCUGGUGGACCCGCGGAUCAAGGUCUUGUCGACGGCUAAUGUGCCGCCGCAGCAGGCUGAGUGGUGGGUCAGGGAGUUCGCGAGAGAUAACGGACAGGUGAAGGGUUUGCCUAAGGAGGUGGUCGACAUGGUGGUGGACAACAUUGGUGAUAUUCCGAUUCCGAGGGCAGAUGCUAGAAGAGUUAGGGAUGAGGUGGUGGCAGAAAGGCGGGAGUUAGAAAAGGGGGUUGGUGGGGUACUGUCAGCGUAUAUCGUCAAUGUUGGAUUCUUUUCAGGGGAAGGUUUUGAUGGUGAUGAAAGUGUGGAUGAGGAGGAUGAGGAUGAGGAUCAUCAGUCUGAUGGGUGA